CCUCCUGGCCUUGGGUUCCCUCUUUCCGCUCAGCGUGACCACGUGACGAGGGAGGGGCGGGUUGCGGGGAGCGCUUCGCUUUCCCCCCCAGGGCAAUUUCUUGACCUUCUUCCGGGGUCUCUUUGCCGGGCGCCGCUCAGAGGCUACCCUGGCGGAAAGCAGGGUACCCGCCCGCCCCGGCGCCGCCUCCGCCUCGGCCGCGGUCGGUCACGCCCGGAGGGGCCGCGGUGAAGGAGAAAGGGAGGGCCGGGGCGGGCCGAGGCGAACGGGGCGGGGACUCGCGGUGUCCUGGGGAGGCUCUUAGGGCCGGGCCCGCGCUGGAGGUCCGGACACUCGCUGUCGCUGCUGCCGCCGCCUCGGCCUCCGCUGCCUCUGCUAGCCGUCACCAUGAACCAGGACCUGCAGAAGGAGCGGGCCGCCGCCAGCUUCAACCCGGAGCUGCUCACGCACGUCCUGGACGGCAGCCCCGAGAACACCCGGCGCCGUCGAGAGAUCGAGAACCUGAUUCUGAAAGACCCAGACUUCCAGCAUGAGGACUUGAAUUUCCUCAGUCGUAGCCAGCGUUACGAGGUGGCUGUUAGGAAGAGUGCUACCAUGGUGGAGAAGAUGAGGAAGUUUAACAUCGCAGACCCUGCUGAAAUCAUGUGGUUUAAAAAACUACAUUUGGUCAAUUUUGUGGAACCUGUGGGCCUCAAUUACUCCAUGUUUAUUCCUACCUUGCUGAAUCAGGGCACCACUGCUCAGCAAGAGAAAUGGCUGCCUUCAUCCAAAGGACUCGAGAUAAUUGGCACCUACGCCCAGACGGAAAUGGGCCACGGAACUCAUCUUCGAGGCUUGGAAACCACAGCCACUUAUGACUCUGAAACCCAGGAGUUCAUUCUUAAUAGUCCUACUGUGACCUCCAUCAAGUGGUGGCCUGGUGGGCUUGGAAAGACUUCAAAUCAUGCGAUAGUACUCGCCCAACUCAUCACUCAGGGGAAACGCUGUGGAUUACAUGCCUUCAUUGUACCUAUUCGUGAACUUGGGACCCAUAAGCCUUUACCAGGUAUUACUGUUGGAGACAUUGGCCCCAAAUUUGGCUAUGAUGAGAUGGAUAACGGCUACCUGAAGAUGGACAAUUAUCGCAUUCCCAGGGAAAACAUGCUGAUGAAGCACGCUCAGGUGAAGCCUGAUGGCACAUACGUGAAACCCCUGAGUAACAAGCUGACCUACGGGACCAUGGUGUUUAUCAGGUCCUUCCUUGUGGGAGAAUCCGCUCGGUCUCUGUCUAAGGCAUGCACCAUUGCCAUCCGAUACAGUGCCGUGAGGCAUCAGUCUGAAAUCAAGCCAGGUGAACCAGAACCACAGAUUUUGGAUUAUCAAACCCAGCAGUAUAAACUCUUUCCCCUCCUGGCCACUGCCUAUGCCUUCCAGUUUGUAGGCGCAUACAUGAAAGAGACCUAUCAUCGGAUUAAUGAAGACAUCAGCCAAGGGGACCUGAGUGAGCUGCCUGAGCUUCACGCCCUCACUGCUGGGCUGAAGGCUUUCACGUCCUGGACGACUAACGCUGGUAUUGAAGCCUGUCGGAUGGCUUGUGGCGGGCAUGGCUAUUCUCACUGCAGUGGACUUCCAAAUAUUUAUGUCAACUUUACCCCAACCUGCACCUUCGAGGGAGAAAACACUGUCAUGAUGCUACAGACGGCCAGGUUCCUGAUGAAAAGUUAUGACCAGGUGCACUCAGGCAAGUUGGUGUGUGGCAUGGUGUCCUACUUGAAUGACCUGCCCAGCCAGCACAUCCAGCCACAGCAGGUGGCCGUCUGGCCAACCGUGGUGGAUAUCAACAGCCCUGACAGCCUGACAGAAGCGUACAAGCUUCGUGCGGCCAGAUUAGUAGAAACUGCUGCGAAAAACCUUCAAACUGAAGUGACUCACAGAAAAAGCAAGGAGGUAGCAUGGAACCUAACUUCCGUUGACCUCGUUCAAGCAAGUGAGGCACAUUGCCACUAUGUGGCAGUUAAGCUCUUUUCAGAAAAACUCCUCCAAAUUCAAGAGAAAUCCAUCCAAGCCGUCUUAAGGAAUUUGUGUCUCUUGUAUUGUCUGUAUGGAAUCAGUCGGAACGCAGGGGAUUUUCUUCAGGGGAGCAUCAUGACAGAGUCUCAAAUCACCCAAGUGAAUGAGCGCAUAAAGGAGUUACUGACUGUGAUUCGCCCUGACGCUGUUGCUCUGGUUGAUGCAUUUGAUUUUCAGGAUGUGACACUGGGCUCUGUGCUUGGCCGCUAUGAUGGGAAUGUGUAUGAAAACUUGUUUGAAUGGGCCAAGAAAUCCCCACUGAACAAAACAGAGGUCCAUGAAUCUUACCACAAGCACCUAAAGUCACUGCAGUCCAAGCUCUGAAGUGUCUUGAGGACAAGUUCAAUCUGCUCCCAGAAGUAACUAUACUCUACUCGCCUUGUACCUGUCACACAAAUUUGUGUGGAAUCUUUGUCAAAUUUAGAAAAGCUAGAGCAAAUGAUAAAUUGACCCUUUUCUCUUUUUAUAAAUGAAAAAAAAAAAGAACAGAUUUGAGAUUAAAGGAAAAAACCAGAUGUGUUUUACAAGUGCAAUUAACACUGAAAGAGACCUGUUAAGCAUUCAGGAAAAGCUUUAAGAAAUGCGAUGUGGCUUCCAUCUGUAAUGCUGCUGAUCCCAGGAGGCCAGGACUUCUGAUAAUUAGUAGAAUUUAACUACUAAGUAGUUAAUUAUUUUCACAUCUUAAUUGCUAAUCACUGGAUAUGCAAGUGUUUUUAAGCAAAGGUAUUUUUUAAGUGGAGGUAGAACCCUUCCAAACUUUCCUGCUAAUUGUCCUACCACUCCUGCCGUGGGCCCUGGCUAGAAAGCAGGACUGAAGAAGAGGGACUGGGGAAAGAAACUAAUCAGGAAACUUGGUGUGUGUGUGUGUGUGUGUGUGUGUGUGUGUGUGUGAGAGAGAGAGAGUGAGUGCGUGCCUGAUACAUUGACAUGUUUCCUGCCUGCUUGCCCUCCUUUGCUGGUGUAUUGUUCCUGUCUACCUGUUCACAGUAGCCUUUUUCUAACACCAGGAUUUCUUCAGCACAGGCUACUGCAGGGUCACUGCCCCAUGUGAUUAGGAACUAGUCUUCCAUUGGAGGGUUUCCCUAAAUUGUUGCUCUCGUAGCAGUACAGCUCCCUUUGCCCCAACUUCUUGGGAGGGGGUAGACAGCAAAGUUAUCUCUACAUAUAACUUUUGGCAGCUGAUGGGACCUCCAAGUCAGUGGUUUUGAUCUCCUGCUCUCUUCCUCCCUCUCCCUCUCCUGAGAGAGAGGCAAAAAAAAGGAGAAAAAGAGAGUCACAUUUCCUUCUUAGUAGAAUAAGGGCAGGAAGAGCUAUCAGUUAUGGUUACUGUAACUUUGGUGACCAUAUUAACUAAAUUUUCUGAAACAAUCCAGAUUCCCUCUAUUCUAUCACUUUGGUGUAAGCUGUUAAAAUGCUCGGUGGUUACAGUGUCUGGCCUUACAAAAAUAAAAGCAUCACUCGCCGCCUCUUACACCCAGGAGUUGCAUAGAAAGAUCCUUUGACAAACCAUGUGUUCUGAUUUUUGGAUCAGAAAAUAUAAUCAUUGAAACUGGGGCUAAAGGAUAAAUGGAAGUUCCAUAGAAAAUCCGUUUCUUAUUGUAUAUCUGGCAUUAUUUUCAGUAUGUUUCUAGGAGCUUUUUCUGACUUGCUAAAUUGUCCUUUCAGCUGAAAUCUAAUUUAUUCAAUCACUCUAUAUUUAAAAUCUAAACAUGUAUCUCUUAAUGAAUUUUUUCUUAAAAUCAGUGUAAAACAAGUCACUUGAUUUUUUGUUUUUGUUAACUCUUUGUGACAUCUGCCUCAUGAAACCAGUUGUUCUAACAUCAGUCUUGAGAAUGUAGUAUGUAAUUCAGUGGAAAUGUAAUUCCUGUCUUGGGACCUGCCAUAAAAUCUAUCCCAGUGGAAUGGGUAAUAGGAAAUAAGGUCCAGUGGAAGAAAUACUGUCAGUUGACACAAGCCUUAAUCUUUCCGCCAGGAGCACUGAUUGAUAAUUGUGCUAAGACUGAAGUACAAAAGCACUCUGUUAAUCUCAUUUGGGUAUAUCUUUGACUAGAUCAGAUUUUGGGAAAUAACAGAGAGUAAAUUCAAAUUCCUUAAUAUUGACCUGUUAAAUGUAGAAUUGUUUCCAAUUAGGGGUUAAAAAUCUUAUUCACAGAGGGAUAUCCAUGGUCAGGAUCUAAGGGUGUUUGAAAUGACACCCACCCAAUCCAGCUGCAUAGAUCUGGGAUCUAAGCAGGUUGGAACAGGUGGUGGACUCUGCAGAGCCACCUUCAGUCCAGCACCUUGAGUUUUAUUUAAAAACAGUCUGAUAUUGACAGUAUUUUUAUUAACAUUGGAAUGUUUUGUCUUGCACUUUGUUCUCUGUAAUUAAAGAAUAAAGAUAUCGUAAAACCUCACUAAUUUGUUACUAUCAAGAUGGAAAGAAUGUGCCACAUAACUAAACGUAAGUUGAAAUUAUGAAGAAUUUUAAGAUACAGGUGUAGGUAACACUAAACAAAAAAAGGAAGGCGUGAGAACUGCCUAAGCAGAUAAGACUGAACGGGCCGCGAUGCUGUCAUUGCAGAGUAUCUGAGCGCUCUGUCCAUGCAGGAAUACAGGUCUCUUGGCUGCUCGUGAGGAAGCAGCAGACCCAGCCUGCUGUCCCUUAGAAGCCAGACUUUGCCACAGAUAAGUUUGGUUCUGUUGGGUUCUUUUAUGAGCCGUUUUCACAAAGAGUACAGAUAAAUUUCAACCUAAUCUCCAAAAUGAUGAUAAAUCUCAGUAGAAUUAAUGAGAUUUUUCUGUUAGAUGAUACCGAUAUAAGCCUUUGAAGUUUCAUAGAGGUUUUUGCUAUUUGUAAUGGAUGAAGGUUGAUAACUUCCUCACGUAUUUGGAAUUCUACUUCAUGCUCUACUCAGUAGAUACCGAGGUGUACUUAAGUGUUUGGACAUUAGUGACCUCAAAGCACAGUUGGCCCCAAAGCCUUCAGGGGCCUUAUGUUCUUGUCUUCAGAACAUAGUACUGCUAAGUAGCAGCUUAUCUUCAGAACAUUCACUUAAUUGCAACAUUAACCACGUUCAGGUACUUUCUGAGAACUCACUGCUUGUAAUUUCAGAUACCAUAUACCUAGAGGUGUUUAACAGUUCCUAAAGUUACCAAUGUUAGAUCUUAGUUCUUGGAUUCUCGUCAGUGCAAGGCGUGGUCGGGGAAGUAUAUUCAGAUUCUUCAUCCUCGAGUCCUCUGGGGAACAAAAAUUCCUUAGACUGAUUGACUGUUGGUCAAAGUUCCUCCUACCCCUUUCUGAGUUUUUUCCAUCCAUCCUAGUAGAAAGGGAGAGGAUUAGAUGCAGAUGGCCUGUAACACCCACUAAUCUUUUUAUACAUGUGGAAGGGAUUAUAGCUUUUCUUCAAGCAGUAGCUCUGCUGCACCUGGAGAGAGGACCAGUGCCAGGAGAAUGAUUCUGCUUGAGACAAAGAGUUUUUUUGAGUCUCCUCAGAUAAAGGUUUUGAUCAUGUUCAUGGAAUAACAAAGAGAUCAUCUCAGCUAAUUGAAUAUUUACUGAUCCAUUCCUGGAGGAUUAGACCAAGUCAUUGUAAAUGACGAAAAUGUAUUUUCAUUUUAAAAUAUUGGUGGAGUUUUGCUUAUAGUUGUUCAAACUAAAAUUUUCAGUACCUAUUUCUGUGGUCCAUGAUAGUAAACUUAGAAACAUAAGGAAAUUUUAGAGUUACUGAAUGUUAGCUGUUGCAGACCUGCAAAUUCCUAGAUUCGAAGGGAUUUUUGUUUGAUUUUGAUUUUGCCUUAAAUUUAAGUGAGCCACUGAUUAUCUCUGGAAGAUCACGGAAAAUUGGGAGGGAUUUUAAGAAUUCCAAACCAGGGACUUCCCUGGUGGCACAGUGGUUAAGAAUUCGCCUGCCAGUGCAGGGGACGUGGGUUCGAGUCCUGGUCCUGGAAGACACCACAUUCCGCAGAGCAACUAAGCCCGUGCGCCACAACUACUGAGCCUGCGCUCUAGAGCCCGCGAGCCACAACUACUGAAGCCUGCAUGCCUAGAGCCCAUGCUCCGCAACUAGAAGCCACCACAAUGAGAAGCCCAUGCACCGCAACGAAGAGUAGCCCCCGCUUGCUGCAACUAGAGAACGACGGCGCACAGCAGCGAACACCCAACACAGCCAAAAAUAGCUAAAAAAAAAAAUUUUUUUAAUGUAUAAAAAGAAUUCUGAACCGAAAUAAAUUGUUUUGCCACAUUACUGUCAACGUUUCACAGAUUAGGUAACAAAUAUGUGAUCUUACGCAUAAUAUUCCAAUUGAUGAUUGCUACUUUGUAAAGACCAUUUUAUUUCCAAUUGCUGUGGAUUCAAGGAAAUGGCUUGUAUCUUUUAGAAUGUGUAAUUACUUUGCUACCUUUUUCCCCUUUAACUGUUGUGGUUUGAGUUUGGUUCCUACCUGAGGAGAUGCAUUUAGCAUGUAUUGUUACCCAUUCCUGGCAGGACGUGUCAGUGAGGGUGGGAGUACCAAGGAGGCGCGGGGGGUCCAAAGCGUGAGAAUCAUGGUUGGACAGUGGUGACCCACCGGCUUUGCUGGGCCUCCGAAUAAGCCAAACCACUAAUCUCUCCUUCUUUUGUAAAACUGAAAAACCCUUAAUAAAAUCUGUAAUCAACACAAAAA